CAAAGAAGGAAAUGUAUAAAAAUCAGGGACAACACCCAAUGUUAGAAUUUUCAAAAACAGAACAAAAGCAUUUAAUGGGGUGUCACUACGAGCAUAACCAUGGGCCAAGAAGUUAAAAAGGACUAUAUUUGGUUGUGGAAUUUUAUCAAACAGGAGGUGAGCAUGGUACAUAAAUGCAGGUGUUGGAUUUUUUGUGCAAAAAUUUAUGAGCUUACUCAUAAAAAAGAUAUCAUUUUGCAUUUGGGUUUUUAUAGAAAAGGCUUGAAUUUGCUUGAGGUCUCUUAAAGAUUUGCAUUUGGGUACAAGAGCAAGAGGGUCAAUUGGUGUAAAUGUGUCUUUUCUUGAAUUUUUUUUGGUGAUUUCUUGGCAAGACAAAGGACCUACUAUGAGUAAUGGAGUUUGAAUAGCCAUGGAUUACAUAUUUACAUACAGCUAAGGGAUUUUAUACUGCAAAUCAAAUCAAAAGGAUUAUUUUGAGUUUGGCUUUUCCUCCUUUUGGCCUUUCAUUUUGCGCCUCAAUUAUCCUAUCCCACUGUCUUUUUCUUGAAAAAAUGUUCUCCUAUUUCCAUCUCUAUAAAUUCAUUCUGCUGUAUCUAAUCAUUCUCAGGUGCCACUAAAUAACACUAGAUACUAUUACUAAGAUUAUUGCAAAUAGUUUUGGGUGUCAAGUCAGGCUUAGCAGCAACAACACAAGCCCAACUUUUAAAUAGUUCAAGCCCACUAUUCAUUGCCCAUAUGGGCCUCUAACUCAAGUUCAACCUUCUCCUACCUCAGUCACUUCAUCCUGUCAAAAAUGGCGUCUACAGUAGCCAAGCUUAGAAGCAUCCCCAAUUUCAUCAACGGCCUUCGAAGAUUUUCUCACGCAAUAUCCAUACCACCACCACUUGAUAGCACCAUUUAUCUCCAGACAGCUGCAUCACCAUCGUUGGUUUUACCUGAACAUGACAACAACAACAACAACAACAUAGGAUUUAUGGUCCCAAAUUCACCUUUUCUUGGAGGGUCUAUGGAGCUAAUGGCUGUUCCUAAGAAAAAGGUUUCCCCUCAUAAGAGAGGCAUAAGAAAUGGACCAAAGGCUCUAAAACCAGUGCCAGUGAUUAUGCGGUGCAAGGUCUGCGGUCGGGCCAAAUUACCACAUUUCUUUUGCUGCAGUGGAAUCAAGCCUGGUGAUGAGAAUAGUUCCAACAGUUGAUCAACUUGAAGUGGAGCAUCCAACAUAAUUUCAUCAACUUUGUUGUUCUGGUAGAAUCUUUUUUUGUUUGAAAGAAAGAAGUUUAAAUAUGCACCAUGGCUGCACAAUAGCAUAGGCCUCUUGCUGAAGAACCUGUUUUGCAUGUUUAAGUAGCACUAUAUUAGUUUUAUUUCUUCUAAGUCUUCCCUUUGAUUGAUGACGACGACUAGUUCUUGAAAAUCACAAAGCAUUAGAAUUCGGAGACUAGAGCACUUAGCUCUUUCACAUUCAUUACUCCGGAACAAAAAUUCCUGAUGCUCCCCUGAGCGAACAAGCAAGAACAUACAUCAAGAUCGUCUGUUCUCCGUGACUAUCAGAACUGUUCAUGUACUUUGUGAAGUUGCACCGUUGAGUAUGAAAGUUUCAUAUCUGUAGCAUUCUCAUCACUCUUAGUUUCUUAUUUGAGUUCUUUUGUUGAAGGAUUUGUUCUUCCUCUAUGGCGUUUGUAAGCGCGCGGUAUGUAUGAGAAACAAUCAGCCUAGUUGAAGCUGAUAAACUAUGUUUAUGCUAUUGAAAGGUUGGAUUUUGUUUCCCAUGCAAAACAUAUCAGAAAUUAUUCUUUGAAAUAUUUAUGAAUUUUGAUGUC